CGGCGGCACGUGCUGGGGGCGGGGAGCUGGCGGUGCUGCGGGCGCGCUCGGUUGCCUCGGCCUUAGUAGUUCCUGGCUGAGUCGCUGCCAUGUUUCUUCAGUAUUACCUCAACGACGAGGGCGACCGGGUCUACACCCUAAAGAAGUUCGACCCUGCAGGACAGCAGACCUGCUCGGCCCAUCCUGCCCGCUUCUCCCCGGACGACAAAUACUCGAGACACCGCAUCACCGUCAAGAAACGCUUCAAGGUACUCAUGACCCAGCAGCCGCGCCCUGUUCUCUGAGAGUCGCUCGGGUUCCCUUCUCUUCCGCUCCGGUUGGAGAUUCAGCGACCCAAUGCCUCCCUCUGGGAGCCUGGAGGCCGACCACAGCGAAGAUGACUUCAUCCCUGACUUUAAUCGUGUUUUAAGGCAAUCCACGUUCACUUGUUUACAUAGAACAAACUUGAAUUUUUCUGUAUUUGGAUUUACUGCCCAGGUUAUUAAAAACAAGAUGAAUUGA